CCACAUGCCACUCUUGUCAUCUUCAAAUGACCGUGUUUAGUGGCGGUUGGUGAUUUCACUGUCUGUGUUCUGUGUAUCGUUUUCAAAGUUGCUCCUAAAAAUGCCGAGUCAAGACGUUGUGACAACGAAAGUUGUGGUUCACCCGCUGGUACUAUUAAGCGUGGUGGAUCAUUUUAAUCGUAUGGGAAAAAUCGGAAACCAAAAGAGAGUGGUCGGUGUACUUUUAGGCUGCUGGAGGGCCAAGGGAAUCUUGGACGUAUCAAACAGUUUUGCAGUACCCUUUGAUGAGGAUGACAAAGAUAAAAGUGUAUGGUUCCUUGAUCACGAUUAUCUGGAAAAUAUGUACGGAAUGUUCAAGAAAGUCAACGCUCGUGAGAAGGUGGUAGGCUGGUACCAUACCGGACCCAAGCUACAUCAAAAUGAUGUCGCUAUUAACGAAUUAAUAAGAAGAUAUUGCGCCAAUUCAGUCUUGGUGAUUAUUGAUGCCAAACCAAAGGAUCUCGGACUUCCUACGGAGGCAUAUCAAGCAGUUGAAGAAGUACACGAUGAUGGUUCCCCUACCUCCAAAACUUUUGAACACAUCCCAAGUGAAAUUGGAGCCGAAGAAGCAGAAGAGGUAGGAGUGGAGCAUUUAUUGCGAGAUAUCAAAGAUACCACAGUUGGUACACUCAGCCAAAGAAUCACAAAUCAAUUACUUGGCUUGAAAGGUCUUCACGAACAAAUCCGGGAAAUUAGAGAUUAUUUGCUUCAGGUUGGCAGUGGAAAAUUACCUAUAAAUCAUCAAAUUGUUUACCAGCUUCAGGACAUAUUCAAUUUAUUACCAGAUAUGACUCAAAGUAGUUUCGUUGAUUCGUUAUAUGUAAAGACAAAUGAUCAAAUGCUAGUUGUAUAUCUAGCAGCUCUGGUUAGGUCCAUAGUGGCAUUACACAAUUUGAUCAACAACAAGCUGACUAAUCGUGAUGCUGAGAAAAAAGAAACGGACGGAAAGAAAGAUACAAAGAAGGAAGAGAAAAAAGAAGAAGAGAAAAAGGAGAGGAAAAGGCGAAAGCUAAAAGUCAGUGAUUGGAGCAUUGCUCUUGCAAGAUUGGAACUGUUAAAGUUGAGGACGAUUAUCGAUUCUGUGUGUAAUAAGCAAGUCUGUUCGCAAUUUGUACAGAAUUACAUCCCAUUUAUAAAUAAUGAUGACAGUUUAAAUAUGUAUUACAACGGCAUAUUGUGAUUUUUGAACUAUUCCGGCAUAAUUCUGUGAAUUUUUAAAAUAUUAGGCACAAAGAAGAAUAGAAAACUUAACACUUCCAUAUUUUGAAUGUAAUGAAUGGUGUAGUAAAUAUACCGAAGAAUUUAGGAUUAAGACAUUUUUACAGAAUAUCAUUCUAACCAUUAUAUUUUCAAUGUUUUAAUUAACAAUCCAUUGAUAUAUAUAAACAAUAGUACUGUAUAAAAAACGAGGCUAUUUUCCAUAUCUGUUUUCAAUCUCAUCCAUUCAUUAAUUCUCCUAAUCAUUAGAUUAAUUGAUGUUAAAGAAGUAUCUUUUUAGAUUGUCACAGAUAUGUUUGAAACAAUUUAAAGUUUUAACAGCAUUUAUGAUAGAUAUCAUAGAUAACAUAUUUCUUAGGAAAUGCACAAGUCGUUAAAAAAGAGAAAGUAUUACGUUUUUAAUAAAUGAUUAUUUUCUUAG